GGAGAAAACAACUGCUGCAUUGCAACGCUGCACAAUCAUAGAGCGCCGGACACAGCGCGCGCUCUUUUAAGUGUGGAACCGACCUGGAACCCCUGGCACAAAAAUGCUGCCAAAGUAAACAACACCUCCCUCACCUUCGGUCGCUCUUUGUCAGAACCAUCACCAACCCCGCCAAACCCAGUUGCUUUGUUCUUUCUAGGGGCAUCUCGCGCUGUUUCUACCUCCCAUAUAUACAUACUGUCCUGCUUGCGCCCACCGUUGCCGCCACCGCGCUUCAGGCUUGCAGGCCAACAAACUCUAAAGCUUCCCCGAGGACGAGGACGAGAACAAGAAUAAGGUCGCCGGGAUGCCGCCACGGCCGUCAAUGGCGGCGCGCCGCACAACCACCCACCAAGCAGAGCAUAUCUAUGAGCUGGGUGUGGUGGGAAGGAAAACCGGUGUCAUGCUCCCCGACUCGGGGGUGCGCGACGAACAUGGCAUGGAACCCAUCGAGAAUCUGUUCUCAUCACCAAAGAAGCCUGACGAUGAAGAUGAAGAGGAGGAAUCGGACGAUGGCGACAGCGGGGAAGCGCCGAUGGAGCUGACUACAAACCUGGGAUUGGGGCCUGCGGCGCUGCUUAACGGACAGGCGAGUAGGUUUCCCGCGUCCUCGCAGAACCGAUCGCCAGCCAAGGGAUUUCUGAAUUCACCGGCGCAGCGUAACAAACUGGUUGCCCGUAAUACCGCAGCCGCACGGUCGAGCUCAUCGCCAGCAGAAUCGAGACAUCAGAGCAGCAGUCAACCGACGCUGGGUCAAGGCGCGGCGAAGAGGCGCUUAGAUUUCAACAGUGUGGGAAAAGGAGGACCGCAUUCAUUGUCGCAGCCUGUAAUGAGUUCAAGGGGCGGCGCCUUUCCCGGCAGAACUCAAGGUAAUGCGCGGUCGCUGUCGCUGUCUCAUGAUGAGGAAUCCGAGGCUGGAAGCGAGGUGGACGACGUCAACAACUUUGUGGAAGAAUCUAUUGCUAUACUCAACGGUGAUGACGACAACCAUGCCGCGUCGGUGGAACCAGAGGAGGAAGAUAGCUCGGAUGAGGGGUCCAUGGUUGGUGAUGAUACCAUGAGGCUUUCUGCUGCGCAACAUAAGAAGGCUGGUCGACCAGCAAAAUCGCAGGAGCCAGCGCGAGCCAAGGCAGCACCGGUCAUUUCUAAGCCUGUCAAGCAGACGAAGAAGUCGGCAGAAAAGGCCUUGGUCGAAAAGGAGCCAGAGGAGGGGUCUGAGGGCGGGGAGGAGGAGGAGGAGGAGGAGGAGGAGGAGGAGAUCCAACAGCCAACUAGACCACCCUCGAAGCCAGCAGCUCCAGGGAAACGCGGUCGUUCAGCGAGCAAGGCAAGCAACAAGGCACCCGAGCUAGCACCAGCGCCAGCUGCAGGUCGUGGACGGAAGCGACAAGCUGUUCCCGAAGAGGAGGAGGAGGAAGAAGCAACGGCCGAGCCCUCCCAAGAACCCCAGUCCAAAAAGAAGCGGGCCGAUGCCGGACCAUCCAGGAAGAAGGCAACCAAAAAUGAGAAAGCGACGGCAGCACCCGCCGAUAAGCCCAAAAAGACCGCUGGACGAAAACGGAAGUCUUCCAUUGCAGACCCCGGGGAUGUGUCUGUCGUGGCCGUUUCCCGUCGUCCCCCACUUCCCAAAUCUCGCGGUCUCCUCAUCAGUCGCCGCGAGAUCCCAGGCGAGACUGACUCCAUGUUUCGCACCCGCUCCGGCCGCAAUUCGUUUAAACCCCUCGCCUUCUGGCGCAACGAGCAAGUCCACUACGAAAAUAAUGACAUCAAUGACAACUUUGCCAGCCGGUCCAAGCCUUCGAAAUUUGUCCUUCCCAAAAUCAAGGAAGUCGUCCGCGUGGAUGAGCCAGAGCCAGAGUUCAGGAAACCGGGCCGGCGAGGACCCAAGCCCAAGGACGGCGCAAGACCAGGAAGGAGGAGGAGAUCCUCGUUCACCGAGCAGAUCAUGGACAGUGAGCCAGCUGAACCCUGGGAGAUGGAGCCGGGAACUGUUACGGGUGAGGUGGUCGUUUGGCAGCCACAGUACGAGUUCCAGCCCCCAGCACCCAACGACUUGGUCAGUGUCAUGGAUAAACAGCUUGCCAUCAGCGGUCACGCCAUCAAAACGACCGAGGUUGUCGGGGGUGAGUUCCGGUACGCAAAGGUCUUUUCUGAAGGGUUCAUUGGUGCCGGCGUGGUCGAUCUCCCUCCCGGUGCCAUCAAGAGGCUCAAGAACUCCAGAAAGGUGUUUAUGAUAUUCUUUGUUCAUGCGGGCAAAUGUUUGGUUACAGUGCAGGAGACCAACUUCCGGAUUAGCAAAGGAGGUAUCUUUAUCGUACCGAGGUACAACGAGUAUACCAUUGAAAACGACUAUGACAAGCCUACGAGGCUGUUCUUUUCUCAGGGCACCGAGGUACCAUCAGAGCAGGAGGCGAGUGUUAUGCCUAAUGUUCAUACCGAUGGGGAGGAUCAGGGAGACGAAGAGGAAGAGAAGGGUGGUGGGGAAGAAUAGAAGAGCAGGAGUAAAACGAACUCUGGUUGUUUUGUUGGUUUUCGGGUAUUGCAUAGGGUCGAUGUCUUGGAAAGGCUUAUUGUGGUGGUUAUGUUAAUAAGAUACCAAUAUCAGGCGCUACUUGUUACGGCGCCCUCUCUCUCUUGGAUUUUCUAUCCCUUUCCGGCUUUGGGUUCCCCAAUACUUUGCGAUAACAGUAGCAACAAGUAUCCAGUUGUUGCACCAGUGAUACCGAGAUAGAUCAUUUUCAGAAUUGCUCAACAAUACUUAUCAUGUUG